UAUUUUAAGGCAAAAUGUCUGUAAAAUUUUGAAUAAAUUAAGCAUUUAAAAAAUUUAAAUAUUAAAUUAGAUUUAAACGAAAAGCAGCAGGUACUAGGCGGAAUUGAAGUGAAGUAGAAGCCAUUAAUGCAAUUUAUUUUAUUAUUAAGUUUUUAAAACUGUUAAAUUGAUUUUUAAAAAAGAUGAAAGAGUUAAAAAAGAAGGAAGAUAAUGCUAUUGUGUUAUAUUUAUCUCCUAUAAGAAAUACAUGUGAAAUUUGUAAUACUGGGUUUGAAAUAUCAAAUCGUUAUGGAACAUUCACUUGUGUUUCGUGCAGUCUGUUUUUUGAAUUAAAUGUAGUUCUAACAAAAGAAAUAAUCUGCUGUAAAACUCGAAGCGGAAAAUGUUCAGUCGACAGGUCAAUCGUCGGUGAUGAGGAAUUGUGCAAAUUUUGUCGCUUAAACAAAUGCUACGAUGUCAAAAUAAAUUACGAAAUAAUCACAGACCAUCCAAAUUUUAUUCAAAGAUGCUUAGCUGCUCGUGAAAAAGAAAUUCAGUAUAAGGAGAACAUUUUGGAUUUCAAUCAGGAAUUGGAGUUAAUUCAAUGCCUGAUAUAUAUGGAGCAAUAUUAUUAUAAAUGGUUAAAUUUGUUUCCAAGUUUUCGCCGCUUAAGUGAGAAACAAAAGGGAUAUGUGAGAUUGAAGUCACACGUAUACGGUGCUAUCAUGCAACUCAUCGAGAGAUCUCUUUACGUUUACCGAACGAUUAGACUACACAAUUGUUUUCUAUAUAACAUGAAGCCCACAGAUAUUCUCUUCUUCAAUUUAAUCAAAAGUUUGAUCGAUUUUCGAGACGGCAUUAAAAACAGCACAGAAAAUAUAAAAGAAUUUCACGUUAAGAAACUCCAAUUUACAUUACAAGACGAUGUGGUAUUGAGGGACUCAAGUUUAAAAGUUCGAAAGAGUUCACGUAAUAUGCUGGAAAAUAUCGCUGAUAAAGUAUUAGAAGUGAUGAAGGAGAAUUCGAGACAUUUACUCUUCGAAGGUAAAGAAAAUUUUCGGAAAAUUGAAUCAUUAAAUUUGUUUGAUUAUUCUUCGAAUAUUCCCGAAGAAGAUUAUCCAUAUAAUAAAAUCGAUUUUUGCGUUAAACUAUGAAUGUAAAAAAUCGCGUAAUUUUGUAUACUCUGCAGAUUUUAAUAUUUUAUGCGUAAGGAAGGUUUUAAUGUACAGAAGGAUAAAAAUAAUUUAAAAAUUUAUAUUGUAUUUUUUCUGCUUUAGAGUUGAAUGGACUGCAGUGAUUGAAAUCAUCACUCGAACUUUUUACUGUUUUAAUCAGAUCCUAUGCAAAAAUAUUUUGUCGACAAUGUUUUAAAAACAGAAUAAAAAUUCUUAUUAUAAAAG